GUGUGUGUGUCUGUCUGCGGCGGGGGGGGGAGGAGGAGGAGGAGGAGGAGGAGGAGGAGGAGGAGGACAGGCGAGGCGCGGACGACGCUCCGCGGCGCUGCGCGAGUGGGCGCGGAGCUCGCGUCGGGCGGGAAGGGGGCCGGGGAACGGGGGAGGAGGAGGAGGGGGGAGCCGGCGGCGGCCGAGCGGGGUUGAGGCGAGAUGAGCGCUGGGCUGCCGCUGGGCAGAGAGCCGCCCUCCGCAGCCGCCGCCUGUGAAUGAACUGAGGCGAGGCCGCCAGCCGGGUGCCCCCCCUCCUCCUCCUCCUCCUCCUCCUUCUCCCCCAGCCCACCCGCCCGCCGCCGGCCCCACCGCGGACGUCCCCGCCUGCCCCCGGCCUCCCCCCCCCCCCCCCUCCCUCCCUCCCCCCCUCUUCCCCUCACGCACCUUCGGGAGCGCGGAGCGCGGCCCUGCCCGCCACAGCCGGCGCCGUCCGCCGCGGCCGGGGGGGGACCUGAAGGGAAGUCAUCAUGGGAGCGUUUUUAGACAAGCCAAAGAUGGAGAAGCAUAAUGCCCAGGGGCAAGGGAAUGGGCUUCGUUAUGGUCUGAGUAGUAUGCAGGGCUGGCGAGUUGAAAUGGAGGAUGCACAUACGGCUGUGAUUGGUUUGCCAAAUGGACUUGAUGGAUGGUCGUUUUUUGCUGUAUAUGACGGGCACGCUGGAUCACAGGUUGCCAAGUACUGCUGUGAGCAUUUAUUAGAUCACAUCACGAGCAACCAGGAUUUUAAAGGGCCAGAUGGGCCACCAUCUGUGGAAAGUGUAAAGAGCGGCAUCAGAACAGGUUUUCUGCAAAUUGAUGAACACAUGAGAGUCAUCUCCGAGAAGAAACAUGGCGCAGACAGAAGUGGGUCAACAGCUGUGGGUGUCAUGAUUUCUCCCCAACACACAUACUUCAUCAACUGUGGAGACUCGAGAGGUUUACUUUGUAGAAACAGGAAGGUUCACUUCUUCACACAGGAUCACAAACCAAGUAAUCCACUGGAGAAAGAGCGUAUACAGAAUGCAGGGGGCUCUGUAAUGAUUCAGCGUGUGAAUGGCUCUCUUGCUGUUUCAAGGGCACUUGGGGACUUUGAUUACAAAUGUGUCCAUGGGAAAGGUCCUACAGAACAGCUAGUCUCACCUGAACCUGAAGUUUAUGAAAUCGAGAGGUCAGAAGAAGAUGAUCAAUUCAUCAUCCUGGCCUGCGACGGUAUCUGGGAUGUUAUGGGAAAUGAAGAGCUGUGUGACUUUGUAAGAUCCAGACUUGAAGUCACGGAUGACCUUGAGAAAGUUUGCAAUGAGAUAGUUGACACCUGCUUGUACAAGGGAAGUCGAGACAACAUGAGUGUGAUAUUGAUCUGUUUUCCGAAUGCACCAAAGGUAUCGCCAGAGGCAGUGAAAAGAGAGGCAGAGUUGGACAAGUACCUGGAAAGCAGAGUAGAAGAGAUCAUAAAGAAGCAGGGUGAAGGAGUCCCAGACUUAGUCCACGUGAUGCGUACGUUAGCAACUGAGAGCAUCCCAAACCUCCCGCCAGGGGGUGAAUUGGCAAGCAAACGGAGUGUGAUUGAAGCUGUUUAUAACAGACUGAACCCCUACAGGAAUGAUGAUACUGAUUCUGCCUCAACUGAUGACAUGUGGUAAAACUGCUCAUCUAGCUGUGGAGUUCACGUUUCAUCCUUCAACUGAAAGUGCAGCCCAACCUCAGUGACCCUUCUUAACAUCCAUCCUCAACCUUAAUUAAAGAAGGAAAUAUGAUGUGUUGGUGAGAGUGACUACAGCAGUAUGACAUCUAGCCCAGGAACUGAUCUUUUUUGUAAAACAGACUUCUGUAAACGUGAUUUCAAACCAUAAUUCAUGUUGUAAAUCAGACUCCAGCAAUUUAUGUUGUAUGAUUUUGUUUUUGUAAAGUGCAAUUGUCUUUGUACAAAAUGCUCAUAUUUAAUUAUGAACUGCUUUAAAUCACUAUAAAGGUUAGAAGAAAUGUUUGGCUUGUGUGAUGCAACAAUAUAUAUCCCUUUUAAAUUCAUGUUGUGGUUUUGGAUUGCAAGGAGCAGCAGCCUAGCCAGCUAGGUGCUCACGAGGUGCACAAAACUGUAAAGAUAACUUUGUUUUAUAUGAAAGCUGAACUUUUGGGCAACUUACCAGAAACUACAGUGUGUGAAUUUGCUUGGCAAUGGAAAAAUAACUAAGAGUAGUGCACAUUCUUCAACAAACGUAUCUCAUUCUCUUGGACACACUCCUGCUCUCACAUUGAGUUAAAGGGAGUUCCGAUUUUGACUUCAGUGGGAGUUAAAUCAUGCCCUAUUAAUAGUAUCGUGUUCAUACGCAUAUGAACCUUGGGAUUAGAAUGCCUUGAUUCUUUGCACCUCUUUUUUCAUUAACCCUUACCUGAAAGUACUAAUCACUGAGCAUGAACAGGCGGCUUCCUACAUUGCAGUAGGAGUCUGCAGCAUUUUUACAAUCCUGAUUGGCUGGGUCUGCUGCUGUUCCAAGUAAAAUACUUUGAAUUCCAUUUUAUCAAUAAAGCUUGAUUUAACAAACAAGAAAUUUAUCCAUAAAUGUGUAAUUCCUUUUUUCCUGCCUUUUAAAAUGUCAGUGCCAUUGUAAAUGAUAUUUUACUUGUGGAAUAAUAUUUUUAUUAAUUGGUACCCAUUUUUAAAAUGGGAAGGAUUUUGAUUAUUGCCCAAGACAUAGCCAUAUGCUAGAGGAUGAUGUGGGAUUAAUCCGUUACCCUAUUUUUUACAAGUGUGGGUUUUUUCAGGCUUUUUGGUGUUUUGUGUUUUUUUUUUUUCUCCCCACUGAAGAUGUGCAUCGGUUUGAAUUUGCCUACUGUUUGAUAAAAAUACAUUUGUCAAAGCCUGACAAUCUUUAACAUUUUAUGGUGUGUGUUUUUAAUUGACCCACUUAGAAUGAGAGACUAGUGGUUAAACAGUAAUUGUGAUUUGAGAUAUAGCAUGUUGACAAUAUUUAACUGUUUGUUGUUUAAAAUUCUAAUUUAAAAUUUUAUAAGAUAAUAAACUAAUUUGAUUUAAGCUUAGCUUUCUCCCAUUGAGCAUACAAAAAUUAAGUUUUCAAGUCAAUCGUGUUUGCAAAACUGCUGUUUUGUGCACCUUGUAUUGUCUUUUUGGUUGAGAGUAUUGUAUUUAAUAUGUAGUUUACUCAUCUAGUAGGCAGAUUCCCCAAAAGGAAAAUCAGUAAAACAAGUAGAUUGUAACAUUUACUGCAGUUAAACGGAAUCAAAACUUGGUGUAUAAUUACUUUUUGAUAGGAAAAUGUAGUACCAUGCAUUUUGCUAUAUUUGUCUUUCCCUAACUUUGAAAUAUACAUAUUUGUAUAUAUAGCCUUAAAACUAAUGCAGAGUUAGGGAACACUGAACAGUGAAAAAGUAACUUAUAGUGUCUUGGAACUAAGUAUAGUAUAUACCAGCAAACUUUUCUUUUAUCCCUCUUGUCUAUGUGGGGUGCUUAAACGUAACUUCAUUGUAUUCAGUUUGUAAUCUGUUCAAGCAUGAAUGAAGAAAACAUAAGCACUAUUUGUAUUUAUAAAUUUAUAGCAAUUUUUGCUUAAAGAACCAGUUCCUUACCUACCUAUGAAUAAAUGCUUAAAAUGUCUAAUUUUGUUGUAGAGUGCAAAACUAUAAUAAUGUUAAGUUAUAGCUUCACAGGCACCUAAUUAACAAGCAUAUUUAAUAAUACAUGGCGUAUUAGUGCAAAAAGCUAAACUUAAUUUAGGAGUAGGCAGGUAAAGUUCUGUCCUUUUUCAUAGAGACUAAAGUUUAGUUUUGGAAACCGCAAAACCUUGAACUGGACUGUGGAACUUUUUGAGUUUUUAAACUUUAAAAAUCGGAAGCAAAACUGUGGUGUGAAAAGCCAUACUUCAAACCAUAAUCACUUAAACUGUCUCAGUGACAAAUUAUAUAUUUGAAGCCUCUUCCUAUGAGGUCUCCUAAAGCUUAGAAAGAAAAUAAUUCUGCUAUUGCUACAGGCAAUGUAACUAGGUUUGAGGGUAGCAGAAGAAAGCCCCUUUCAGGCCUUUCUCUCUCCCUCCUAUGUUCAGCAUUUUGAUGAGGUCAGAGCACUGAAUCUAUUGUGUAUGCAUAAACACUGCCAUUUUAGAUACAGAUUUUGAUUACAAAAUACAAGAGUUAAGUAUAUAAAGCAUCCUAGAAAAGAGGCAAGCUGUACUUUUCACUGCUCUGAAAAGAAAAAGGCACUUUUGCACCUUUGUGCAUCUCCUUCUUGCACCAGAAACUUUUUUUUAAAUGCUAUAAACAUUAGCACCUCAGGGGCAAGGCAGCAAUUUUUUUUUUAUUAUUUUUUUUUUUAGGUAUUGUGUGGUAUUUAUUUCCCUCUUGGAAAAAGAUUCCUGUGUGACAAAAAUGAAAACUGUGUGAUGUUAAAAGAUGUAUUUUUAAAUACAUGUUCAAAUAGGAUGGUCCCAAUUUGCUUGUUUUUGAAAGGAAAUUACAUUUGUAAAGCUACUUUGCUUCGUAUGCCAUGAGACUUUGUUUUCCUUCUACAUUUAACAGCUUCACUGGCUUCAGUUUCUGUGAGUUUUGUUAUAGUCAGAUUAAAUGUUUCACUGAUCGUUCUGGGAGAAUACCUGUACUGCUUUAUAGACAACUGUUUCAAAUAAUUCUCACUAAUUCAGCAUUGAAAUAUGUUCAAGACAGAGGCUUCUAAAAUGUGUUUUAAAACCAAUGUUGGAUUAACUAAAUGCAGUUAUGUGAAGCAGGGUCCUGGAUUUGCAAGGCUUUGUAAAUACGUUGUAUCAGUAGAGUCCCCAGUACACGUGAUGGGGCAGAAAUGUGCGUGUCCUGUGCCGGUUACGAAGCCAGGGCCUUUCCCCUGGCUUGCUCCUGCCUAGGCAGGAAGCAGCACCACAAAGAUCUUGAUGCGUGGCCAUCAUUCAUUUUCAUCUUCCAGCAGAAGUCAGAAUCGGAGAGAGAAAUUUCAUCUGCUUGUCACUGAACUACGCUGAAUUGCGGUAAUCCUGGGUUGUGUCGUACUCAUGAGGUGCCUGGUGAAUAUUAAGCAGCAGAUGAGUAAUGGAGCACUUACCUUGAUAGUUCAUGCAGGUGCCAAAGCUAAUCAUUCUAACAUGUACAUAUGAUAAACUGAUUUCAACAUCCAUUAAAUUGUUUAUUGUAAAGCUGGUACUGUCUCAACUAUAUUGGUUAAAAUCUGAGCUAUUUUGCUCAGUUCAAGAACUGGAAACUUUAAAGAUUUAACAAAAUCAGAGAACAGUUUUUUCACUUCAGUUGAUUCCCUGGUAAGAAUCCCAUCUUAAUUUGAUGCACUGGGAUAGGAUAGAAUUCCUAUUGCAUUUCAUUUUUUAGUAAAAUAUUAACUAAGAAUAUGAUUUCAUGAUCAACUUAUAUCAAGACUAAGCUAUUACCGUAAGUUUGUCCCUGCUGCCCUUUUUGUGCCCGCACUCGUGCUUUUGUGGCCAGGCACUUAGGAGAGAGAAAAAAAAAAAUCUGCUCCUCAGAUGGGUAACUUGCUAAUCCAGCUGUGGGAUGCUGGUACUAGGGCAAGAUGCAGAGUGGGGAGACAGGACUGAGAGCAAAGAAAUGGUUGCACCCCUCCUCCUGCCACAGUUUGGGAAACCACGCCCUAAACGCAGAUAAACGAUUGACCUGUGUAAGGGGUAUCGAAGCCUUUGCAGAUCUUUCUCCACUCUCUACUUACGGCAAACAUUUUGCUGUGGUAAAAGCUCUUUGUCUUAAAACUGGAAUCAUGAGACUUUGGUUUUAACGUUGCCUUGUGUGUAAGUUCCAUGCUGAUAAACUUAACUUUCCGUUCGCUUUCUCCAGGCGUGUGUAGCUCUGUCCUGGGGGUUAGCAGCUUGGCUGCCACAGUUAGGUUAGUGAUACAGUUGUUACAGUUUACCUUAUUUCAGUGUACAUCGGGAUUUCCUCACACUGAGAUGUUCACCUUCCUCUCUACCUGCACCUUCUUGAAUUGCUUUUAUGCGCGAAUUACUUGGUAUAUUUAAAUUCAUUGAUAUUUAAACUUGGCUGUGUCUGAAACAGGCUAGCCUUUAGUGAAAUGUUACCCUUUUCCUCAUUGUUUGGCAAAUACAGUAUUUUAAUUCAAACCUGAUGUACCUUGCAUAGGUUCUGAAGUGGCAAAAGUGUGUAGAACUAUGGAGCUGUACCUGACAUUUUUCUGUAGAAAAUAGAAUUGUUACUCUGUGUCAAGCUUCAUGCAGUGUGAAAAUAAUGUCUCUUAUAUAACUAGUAUAGCUCCUUGUUCCUACUGCUACAUGUCUGAGGUGAUGAUAACCUGAGCCUUUGUAUACCCGUACAGGACGUGCAGUCUCUACUUGGCUGGAUAGUUGUGAGGUUUUUUUUAACUCUUGAAGUGGUAAAAAGACUCACACGUGAAUUUCUAGGAUGGCAUAGUGCAUAAAUAAAUGUGAUGCCUCUUGUAAGCUGUAAAAAUGGAGCAAAAUUUAAAAACAACAAUCCGGGGCUAAGUACUUUUGACUGCUCUCUCUGUGAAAUGCUGAUCAGAGAAUCCAGUCUUUUGAUAUGCUCUUUCUGAGCUAUCUCUGGAGUGCUUGCAUGGUCUGCAGGUCUCUGCAGACCCAGGUGUGCACCUCCUGAAGCACUGUAACCUUAUUUUGCUUCAUAACAUCGCUUUGUAAAUGAGGUAGCAGUCACCUGGGCCAUGGCAUUUGUUCACAGAAGUUCAAGAAGCUGUAGGAAAACUUAAUGUCUUUAUUCUCAUGGACCACUAAAUGCUUUCAAGUAGAAGAAAAGAAUACACAACAUGCUGAAAGUUGAGUUUACACUAUCUCCCACUGAAAACUUGUUUCCAGAAAAACUACAAAUAUUUCUAUUUACUUCAUGAAAAAAAUGUCUGGAGCUGUAAUCUGCUUGUGUCAGAGUUGUUGACCUAUAGUGACCUGGGCUAUGCAUAUUCCUUGCUUUAUUUAUGUUUUUAUUUGAUGUUCUUUUUAAGUAGCAGUAAACCAGUUCGGUUUUUUUUUUUUCCUUCCUCUCAUGUAGACAUGCUUCUAAAGUCUUUGUUUCCAAGCUAAGAGAACAGGAGUGAUAACAGUGUCUUAGGAAAGGGUUUUGGAGGAGGCUUGCUCUAAACGCAACAACAACAAAACCCGUAACCUUUGCAACCACAAAAUUUGGGAGAGUGAGCUUAACUUUAAAAAUGCCUUUUAUAGAAUUAAUGAAAUAAUACUAUGCUGAAAGUGUCAAAACUUCAGUAGAGGUUGCAUGACAGGUCAGGUUUCUAGAGUAUAUAUUGGUUUAUGCCUAGCCAGAUUUUUACACUUGUACCAAUUCCUGCCCCAAUGCUUUUUAAAAUAUUACUAGACAUCUACUUUUUUCCCUUUCCAAAAAAAAAUAUAAAACCAAUGGUCCUUAUUAGUGUGUAACCAGCCAUUUAUCUGCAAGGGCAAGCACUGUGUCAGAUAGUAACAUUUUCCUUUAAGAGCACUGCAUCUGUACUUCUCAGCUCUCUCAGUAACAUUGAGCCAGAACUGAAAUUCAUUUUUGCUUCCAUUAACUGUACGGCUCUGAAGAGCUGGGCGCGUGUGGGUUUUUUACAGCUAAAGUAGACAGGACUCCAUACAUAUUGUAAGUCUUCCGAGUUGAAGGAGGAGCCACUGUUGUUUCUUUUGAGAAAGAUCUUUGAGAAGAAAAAUGGAGAAACCCGAGACUGUCAGGUGCUAAAACAUUACAUACUUUUACUUCUAUCAAUGCCUACAGACUGAGGUUCAGAGUUUAAUUUCACUUGCGUUACUGAAUUCAACCCAGUCAGUAAUGGAGGUAUUGAGUAGCUGAUUUCAUUUUCACUGUUAGGAUUUCAAGCUGAAGCACAGUAUUUUUGUUCAAGCUACAGGGGAAAAUUAAUUAAGAUAGUGUUGGGGAAAUCGGGCAUGUAACUUUACAUCCUGCUGAUGUUGACGGGGCUUCACUCACAAUAUACAAAGUUUGCCCAUGUACUGUUGGAGCAUUGACUGACCCACUUUUCUUGGAAUUAAAAAGAAAUUUAACCUUUAUUCAGUUUUGGUUUUGAAAAAGCUUUUCAAAGCCAAAAGGAAGAGGGUGGUAAUGUUAAAGCAAAACGUUAAAUUAAUUGGAGAUACCAACUUCAUAAAUCUUUUAACAUGUGAGUUAGCAUUUUUUUUCUUUUAAGCAUCAGAAGGGCACAGUUUGAGAGGUUUGGUUUUUGAUAUAGUGCUUUUAACUAUAAAGAAUAAAUAAAAGGAUGAAACCCAGCGUGAGUUACCCAGGAUGGAAAAACAAUGAGAUGCAAAUAAUCUAGGAAUAAAUGUGCUGAAUUGACAUAGCAUUAUUUCCGUGUCCAGGGAUGGAGCUACUGGAAAACGCCAAUCUUUGCCAGAAACUGGGCAUUAUACAACAGCCCCCAGUAUGUGAAAUGCCGCCGUACCCGUUACCGCGCAUUUGUGGGUUAAGGCCGUGCAGUGUUUGAUGCUGGGAGUUGGGAUUUCCUAGCCUGUGCUUUAGUGCUGAUGGCGUGAUUCGCAGAGACCUUGAGUACCAAGAGUUAAGUUGUAUUUAUUAACCAGAUCUAACUCUUUGGUGCCAGGAAUCUAGUUUUUGGAGUAAGUGCUGAAUUAUGCAAGUGUUACUGGAGAAUCGUGCUGGGUAGUUCGUGACUCGGAAAACUAAAUUACUAGCAAUCAAGGGUUAAUACAAGACAAAAGCCUAGAUUCUCCUUGCCAGGGAAUACUGGAUAUACUGAAAAGUGUGAGGUUUGAUUUCCAGAACUGGCUGCUUUAUAAAUCCUUCAAAGCAGAGAUUUUGGUUUCUAGCAUCUGUCUUGUUACUAAGACCACGUACAAACAUGCUGAAUUAGAGAGUUUUCACCUGUCUUCUCACAGAAUUGACUCCACAUCGUAUCAUAAGAGUCUCAUUUGUAGUGACAUGCUGUGUCUGUCUUUUUAGAAAUUCAUGACCUCUUUAUAUCUAUUUUGUGGAAAGUGUAAUUUUUUUCAUUGAUGACCUGUAUAAAUGUGUGUUAUGAAUGGAGAGAUUUAAGCUUGAAAAGCAUGUUUGCAGAUUACACAGCUUCGUUACGGAAUUUAUAAAUUUAACAGAGUAAUAUACAAGAGCGUAACUAUUUUCCUUAAGUAGAAUGUAUAACACUAUAUAAUAAAUUAUUCUCCACGCAGUUCACCCACUAUUUACAGUUUUACACAAUUCAAACUGUGUGUUUACAGAAAGUUCAAUAAAUGUAUAUUUUGUACUAUGUACAGAUUCCUGGUCCCAAAGAAAAUGUGUGAACUUAGUUUCUAACUUAACUUUUGAGAUUGUACUUUUUUUUUUUUUUUUUGGUUUGGAAUCAGUUGAACAAACUGCAUUAUGCCUGUCAAUGGUGGAGGCUUGCAUUGGAGUAAAUGGGAAUUGAAAAUAUUUCUAAUCUACAAAAGUGAUUCCACUAAAUAAAACAGGCAAUUAUAUCGUG